UGGGUCCCUUCAGAGAUGAUCUGGAUCCCUGGCAUUGUCCUUUACAACAAUGCAGAUGGGGAGUUUGUGGUGACCCACAUGACCACAGCGCACCUCUUCUCCAUGGGCACUGUGCACUGGUUGCCCCACAUUUACAGGAGCUCCUGCAGCAUCGACGUCACCUUCUUCCCCUUCAACCAGCAGAAUUGUAAAAUAAAGUCUGGCUCCUGGACCUAUGACAAGGCCAAGAUCUACCUGGAGCCAAUGGAGCAGAUGGUGGACCUGAAGGACUACUGGGAGAGUGGCGAGUGGGCCAUCAUAAAUGCCACGGGCACCUACAACAGCAAGAAGUACGACUGCUGCGCCGAGAUCUACCCUGAUGUCACCUACGCCUUUGUCAUCCGCCGGCUGCCGCUCUUCUACACCAUCAACCUCAUCAUCCCCUGCCUGCUCAUCUCCUGCCUCACCGUGCUGGUCUUCCACCUGCCCUCUGACUGUGGCGAGAAGAUCACGCUGUGCAUCUCCGUGCUGCUCUCACUGACCGGCGAGUACCUGCUCUUCACUAUGAUCUUCGUCACCCUCUCCAUCGUCAUCACCGUCUUCUUCGUGCUCAACGUGCACCACAGCUCCCCCAGCACCCACAGCAUACCCCGCUGGGUGCGGGUGGCCCUGCUGGGACAUGUGCCCCGGUGGCUGCUGAUGAACCGGCCUCCUUUGGAGCCACACGACUCCCCAGGCCUGAAACUCGGCCCAUCUUGUUACUGGUUGGAGACCAACAUGGACGCAGAGGAGAGAGAGGAGGCAGAGGAGGAGGAGGAGGAGAAAGGCAGAUGGGUGUGUGCAGGCUGCCCAGCCCCCUCCAUGGGUAUCAUCUAUGGCCACAGAUGCCUGAACCCACAGACCUCAGGGCCCAGGGCCGAGGCUCCCUCUGGGGAGCCUGAGAUCUUGCUGUCACCUUGCAUACAGAAAGCCUUGGAAGGUAUGCACUAUAUUGCUGACCACCUGCAGUCUGAGGAUGCUGACUCUUUGGUGAGAGAAGACUGGAAGUGUGUUGCCAUGGUCAUCGACAGGAUCUUCCUCUGGCUCUUUAUCAUCGUCUGCUUCCUGGGAACCCUGGGGCUCUUUCUGCCUCCGUUCCUGGCUGGAAUGAUCUGA